AGGCAGAUUUCAGCCAUGCAGCAGGUCCUGGAUAACCUGACUGAUUUGCCAACAUCGACAGGCGCUGAAGAAAUAGACCUGAUUUUUCUUAAAGGAAUUAUGGAAAACCCUAUUGUAAGAUCACUUGCUAAGGCACAUGAGCGACUGGAAGAUUCUAAACUUGAGGCUGUCAGUGAUAACAACCUGGAGCUGGUGAAUGAAAUUCUUGAAGACAUCAGUCCCUUAGUAAAUAAAGAUGAAAAUAUUGCAGAAUUGGUUGGAAUACUCAAGGAGCCUCAUUUUCAGUCACUCUUGGAAGCACAUGAUAUUGUGGCUUCAAAAUGUUACGAUUCCCCUCCUUCUAGCCCAGAAGUCAAUAAUGCUUCAGUGAACAAUCAGAUUGUUCCAGUAGAUGCUAUUCGUAUCCUUGGAAUUCACAAAAGAGCAGGAGAACCACUGGGUGUUACAUUUAGAGUUGAGAACAAUGAUCUGGUAAUAGCACGAAUUCUUCAUGGCGGAAUGAUAGAUCGACAAGGUCUUCUGCAUGUAGGUGACAUUAUUAAAGAGGUGAAUGGCCAUGAGGUUGGAAACAAUCCAAAAGAAUUGCAGGAACUGCUGAAAAAUAUUAGUGGCAGUGUCACUCUGAAGAUUCUCCCCAGCUACAGAGACACUGUUAUUCCUCAACAGGUUUUUGUGAAGUGUCAUUUUGAUUAUAAUCCAUAUAAUGACAACCUCAUCCCAUGCAAAGAAGCAGGUUUGAAAUUUUCUAAAGGAGAAAUUCUUCAGAUUGUAAACCGUGAAGAUCCAAAUUGGUGGCAGGCUAGUCAUGUCAAAGAAGGAGGAAGUGCAGGGCUUAUUCCUAGCCAGUUUCUGGAAGAGAAGAGAAAGGCCUUUGUUAGGAGAGACUGGGACAACUCAGGGCCUUUCUGCGGAACAAUAAGCAGCAAAAAAAAGAAAAAGAUGAUGUAUCUCACUACAAGAAAUGCAGAAUUUGAUCGUCAUGAAAUCCAGAUCUAUGAGGAAGUAGCCAAAAUGCCUCCUUUUCAGAGGAAAACACUGGUCUUAAUUGGGGCCCAAGGAGUGGGGCGAAGAAGUUUGAAGAACAGGUUUAUAGUACUGAAUCCCACUAGGUUUGGAACUACAGUGCCAUUUACUUCACGAAAGCCAAGGGAUGAUGAAAAGGAUGGGCAAGCAUACAGAUUUGUGUCACGGGCUGAAAUGGAGAUGGAUAUUAAAGCUGGCAGAUAUUUAGAGCAUGGAGAAUAUGAAGGAAAUCUUUAUGGCACCAAAAUUGAUUCCAUCCUUGAAGUUGUUCAGACAGGAAGGACCUGCAUCUUGGACGUGAAUCCACAGGCCCUGAAAAUACUGAGGACUUCAGAAUUCAUGCCCUAUGUAGUGUUUAUUGCUGCUCCAGAGUUGGAGACUUUGCGUGCCAUGCACAAGGCUGUGGUAGAUGCUGGAAUUACAACCAAACUUCUCACUGACACUGAUUUGAAAAAAACAGUGGAUGAAAGUGCACGGAUCCAGAGAGCAUACAACCACUAUUUUGAUCUGACCAUUGUAAAUGACAACCUAGACAAAGCCUUUGAGAAGCUACAGACUGCUAUCGAGAGACUGAGGCUGGAACCACAGUGGGUCCCAAUUAGCUGGGUAUAUUGAGAUUUCUCAAGAGGAGCUUAAGUAACAAAUAAAAUCAACUGCAGCAAAUAUGCUAAUGCGACGUUGUGUAGAUACCGAUGAUAACCUAUGGCACCUGUGCAUUUUUACUCUGUAUAUUCAAAAGUACACUAUUCUGAAUUUUUAUAAAAAUGUCGAAGGGAAAGUGUACUUAAAUAUGUAAUUUAUUUUAAUUUUUCUAACUUUUUACAGAUAACCUUUCUAUUCAUAUCACAUGAAGGAAAUGCGUUUAAGCAUUUUUAUAUGUUUUGAUUUAGUACCUUUGCCUUUUUCAUCUAAGAAACUUUCAGUCAUUUACUUCAACAUUUACAUCUUGGUCUUACAUUUUCACUGUGAUUAAAAAAAGGAUACUUGAAACAAUUUUUGUAAAACUUGUUUAACGUCAGUGUUUAACUGGUCAAAAGUCUAUAGCUCUUAUUAGGAAAGAACACUAAUUUCUUUGGGGUUUUUUUCUUCCUUAAAAAAAUAGUAAUUUCAUGGGAGCAGAAUUUUAAAUACUAAAAGCAGCAACCAACACACAGCUCCAUUGCUGCAGCUUCUUUUGGCUUAAUGUUGGUGCAUUCUUGAUGUUUCACAAAUUCUUGAUGUCUCUUGAUUUAGACGACUGUUGUAUAGGUUCCCUUAUACGUGUCUCUUAAAUAACGUAAAGCAAUACUUUGCAAGCUGCUUAUUAGGCGGUUCUUGGGAGCCA